CAUUCUCUGGUCAAGGGGGCGGAGUCGUCUCUCUUCUUCUGUUCCUUUAAGAGACGUCGGCUCCUCCCUUUUCGGAGUCGCUGUCUGACGCGGGAUGACAGCAGCGAGUUCGGUAUGUCUAUGCAAAUAAGCGCCCCCUAUGGGCCAAUGGGGAGCGGAGGUGCCGGAACCGCCGACCAAUGGGGCGGGGGCACAGGGGCUCACCAUAUAAGGAGCGGCCUCGCCAUAAAAGGAAACAUUGUAUCUCUUUAUAUGGGGGGAAGGGUCGGGGGAUCCCUCCGCCGCCAGCGCGUGGUCCCGGCCCCCUCCACCCGCCGUCUCCACCGCGGCCAGCAGCCCCUGCCCCCCGGGGGACGCUGACGGCCGCCGGCGCGCCGCCCUAGCAUACGGACAGGGGGCGCUGCGCCCGGCCUGGGGCAACCCGGGCCACAGGGGCAAGAAAGUGAGGGCCCAGGUCGGCCCGGGCGUGCAGGGGCCCCGGGUUCGCAGCGGCGGCGGCGGCAGUGAUAGCGGCCCCAGCAGCAGCGGGAGCGCCGGGUUGAGCCGGGAAGCCGAUGGCGGCGGCGGCGGCGGCUCCGAUUCCUCGCUGACUGCCCGUCCGCCCUCCUGCAUUGAGCGCCAUGUUACCGAGCCAAGCUGGGGCCGCGGCGGCGCUGGGCCGGGGCUCGGCCCUGGGGGGCAGCCUGAACCGGACCCCGACGGGGCGGCCGGGCGGUGGAGGUGGCGGCGGCGGCGGCGGGACUCGCGGGGCUAACGGGGCCCGGGUCCCCGGGAACGGCGCGGGGCUCGGGCCGGGCCGCCUCGAGCGGGAGGCUGCAGCAGCGACAACCACCCCGGCGCCUGCCGCGGGGCCCCUCUACAGCGGCAGCGAGGGCGACUCGGAGUCGGGCGAGGAGGAGGAGCUGGGCGCGGAGCGGCGCGGCCUGAAGCGGAGCCUGAGCGAGAUGGAGCUCGGCGUGGUGGUCGGUGGGCCCGAGGCGGCGGCGGCGGCCACCGGGGGCUACGGGCCGGUGAGCGGCGCGGUGAGCGGGGCCAAGCCGGGUAAGAAGACUCGGGGCCGCGUGAAGAUCAAGAUGGAGUUCAUCGACAACAAGCUGCGGCGCUACACGACCUUCAGCAAGAGGAAGACGGGCAUCAUGAAGAAGGCCUAUGAGCUGUCCACGCUGACAGGGACACAGGUGCUGUUGCUGGUGGCCAGUGAGACAGGCCAUGUGUAUACCUUUGCCACCCGCAAACUACAGCCCAUGAUCACCAGUGAUACGGGCAAGGCACUGAUUCAGACCUGCCUCAACUCGCCAGACUCUCCACCCCGCUCAGACCCCACCACUGACCAGAGAAUGAGUGCCACGGGCUUUGAAGAGACCGACCUCACCUACCAGGUGUCGGAGUCCGACAGCAGUGGGGAGACCAAGGACACACUGAAACCGGCGUUCACAGUCACCAACCUGCCGGGUACCACCUCCACCAUCCAAACAGCACCCAGCACCUCUACCACCAUGCAAGUCAGCAGUGGCCCCUCCUUCCCCAUCACCAACUACCUGGCACCAGUGUCUGCUAGUGUCAGCCCCAGUGCUGUCAGCAGUGCCAACGGGACUGUGCUGAAGAGUACAGGCAGUGGCCCUGUCUCCUCUGGGGGCCUCAUGCAACUGCCCACCAGCUUCACCCUCAUGCCUGGUGGGGCAGUGGCCCAACAGGUCCCAGUGCAGGCCAUUCAGGUGCACCAGGCCCCACAGCAAGCGUCUCCCUCUCGCGACAGCAGCACAGACCUCACUCAGACCUCCUCCAGCGGGACAGUGACGUUGCCCGCCACCAUCAUGACGUCAUCCGUGCCCACAACCGUGGGCGGCCACAUGAUGUACCCUAGCCCCCAUGCGGUGAUGUAUGCACCCACCUCGGGCCUGGCUGAUGGCAGCCUCACCGUGCUCAAUGCCUUCUCCCAGGCGCCAUCCACCAUGCAGGUGUCUCACAGCCAGGUCCAGGAACAAGGUGGCGUCCCCCAGGUGUUCCUGACAGCACCCUCUGGGACAGUGCAGAUCCCUGUAUCUGCAGUUCAGCUUCACCAGAUGGCUGUGAUAGGGCAGCAGGCCGGGAGCAGCAGCAACCUCACCGAGUUACAGGUGGUGAACCUGGACGCCGCCCACAGCACCAAGAGUGACUGAUCCGCCCUGCCACCCUGGACAGAUGGCCCAAGGGAUGGCACCACUUAUUUAUUGUUGCCUUUUCACGUUUUCUUUACACACACGUUGACGGGCCCGCAGGAGGGAGGCGGGGAGGAGGAGUGGGCAGCCACGGGACUGAGCCCUCUCACUCCAGCCAAAGAAAUGGGCCGGCCUGCCCUCCACCCCAUCCUCCCUCACCCUCCCCUCCUUCUAGCUCCACCUCCCAUUUCUGUUGAUGGUGGGCUGUCCUCCCUCUUCAGACUCCCUUUGCCAGCUUGGCUCCAUGUUUGCCAUGAGUAUUAGCUUACCCAAUGGGACCGUGCCCCACCUUCCCACACACAGGCCUCUGUGGGACUAGGCACUGUGUUCCCCUGAGGAAGCAGUUGGGGUCCUCUGCCCAGCCUCCUUGCUGACCCCAUGUCAGCACUGUGUCUGCCACAGGCUGGGUCAAAAGAGCCCUGCCCCUGCCCCUCAGGGAGCCAGCUGGGGAGAUGGGGCUUCUUCCCUCACGCCGCCCACUGCCCCUGCAGCUCCUGAGAGCUGGGCCUGUGCACGGAGCAGGUUCCCAGGGCCACCUGCCCUGCCUUGCCGCUCCCCUCGGAACUCCAGGGGCUCCUGGGUUGGAGGGAACCACCAGGGUUCCCUCUCCCCCUGUCUUCCCCCCUCUCCUCCCAGCUGCUUUACUUAAAGUUGAUUUUGAACUUUUUAUUUGAGGAGACGAAGUGAAAACAAAUCUAUAAAUAUAUAUUUUUAAAAUAUUUAACUUUUUUUUAUGGCGUUUUUCUCGUCCCCCUCCCUGCCCAAGCUCCCCUUCCCUGGGGAGCCCUGGGGCUCCCCGGAACUGGCUGGGCCUCUGGGGGCAGAGCCACCCCAAGAGCUCGGGGCCCGCCAGUGUGUGGGGGAGAUUCUGGGAUUGCCCGGGCCUGGGUUGUUUCCAGGAGAAAACCGGGGGAGGGGCCCUCAGGCCAUGCCCCAACGGGGUGGGGAGGGUGACCCACAGCUCUGGGCCUCUUUUUGCCCUUUAGGGCUGUUGCUAGGGAGAGGGAAGAGGGAGACCAAAUGUGGGGGUGGGGUGGGAGGGUGUCAGGUUGAGGCAACUGACUUCAUUUGUGCCACACGCAUGGGCAUUGCAGCCUUGUGCUCCCCCAGGCCUGCAGCAGCCUGGGGCCCAAGUUGCAGUGAGCAGGGUGGAGUCUGGGAGGGGGUGAGAGGCAGGAAUGGGGGUCGAAAGAAAUGGGAGCAGCUCUUGGGCUGAGUGCAGCGAUAGGGGAGCCAGAAAUGGGCAGCUCUCCCAGGGAGUGAGCAGCUACUGUAACUUUUUUAAAUUAAGACAAAAAGCCUUGAAGAAAAUGACUUUAUUUUUCUAAGUGUAACCUCAGUAUUUAUGUAAUUUGUACAGGGGCUGUGCCCUACCCCCUCUGCCCGCCUUGGGGUAGACCUUGAGGGUGGGCCAGCGUAAGGGGAGGGUCUUUUACCCUGUGUCAGAGCCUACCUUCACCACCUAUAUCCAGAGAGGGAGCUUUUUCAGAACAGGGCAGUAGUUGGGGUGGUUUUAUUAACCCCUCAUGACUGCCUUCAGUAGGAACAAGCCUGCUUCUGUGAUUAGGUGAGGGGGUGGGGGAAGUUUUUACGCACAGCCUAGUUAUCGAGGGGAUGAUUUGCCGACAUGUUUGAGAACCCCCUAACCUCUAACUCCCAUUGCUAUCUUGCUCCAAUUUGGGGUGCCAAAAUGGAAGUCACCUUUCUGGGCUUUCUCCUGGAGAUAGCUGGGGCUUAUGGGUGGCUUACAAGGCUGGGGCAUGGCAAAUCAGGGGCCAGAGAGUGGGGGAGCUUGGGACUCAGGUCUGUAACUGCCCAGCCCCUUUGCUCUGCUCUCCUUUCACUCCACCAUCACUCACUCACUCACUCCCCACUCCCCCACCCAGGGGAGGAGACCCUGAUGAAUUCCUCCUCUCCUUCCCACAAAAGACAGAACCAGUGAGUGAAUCAGGCAAAGUGCUUAUAAUGGGUGUUGUGUGAGCGUGGCCUUGGGGAGAACAUGCGUGCGUCAGGGAUGAGGUGGCGAUUAUAUGUGCAGUGACCCUUGGUGUUUCCCUUCCUUGAUGGCUCUGGGGUGUGUGUGUGUGCCUGAGUGAAUGUGUGUGUGUGAAUGUGGAGUGUGUAUGUCAGUGGUUUCUACUUCCCCUGGGAUGCUGACCCAGGAAUAGUGGACAUGGUCACAGUCCUAUGUACAGAGCUUUCUUUUGUAUUAAAAAAAAAAUACUCUUUCAAUAAAUGUAUCAUUUUUGUGCACAGAC